AUGCCGCGCCUCCGCCUCCCUCUGGUCCUCCUCCUCCCCAUAGCCCUCACCAUCCUCCUCCUCCUCCUCUUCCCAUCUUCCCCACGCCUGCGCUCGCCCCCGCCGCAGCCGCUCCCCUGCGGCGCCGCGCUCUCCGAUGCCGCCGACGGCCGGUGGGUGCCGACCCCGUCCCCCGCGCCGCCGCCACUCUAUUCUCCGUCCUGCCCCUUCCACCGCAAUGCCUGGAACUGCCUCCGCAACGGCCGACCCCAGCUCGCGGCGCUCUCCUGGGCGCCCACCCGCUGCGGCGGCGCCGUCGUCCCGAGGAUCGACGCCGCGGGGUUCCUGGCCGCGGCCAGGGGGCGACGGAUUGGGCUCGUGGGGGACUCACUGUCUGAGAACCUCGUUGUCGCGCUCCUCUGCGCGCUCCGCUCGGCGGACGACGGCGCCCGCAAGUGGAAGCGGCGUGGCGCGUGGCGUGGUGGGUACUUCCCCAAGGAGGACGUCAUCGUCGCUUACCAUCGCGCCGUCCUGCUCGCCAAGUACACGUCAGAUACAAAAACAUGCAACCGAGAAGAGGUCUUAGAAAUUGGAACAACUAUUGAAACAUUUAAAGCUACUCUCCGUGGGGAGAAACGUCUGGUUGUUGGCUCCAGGGCCAUCACGUGGCCAUCAUCGGAGGAGCAGGCAGCGGUGCGCCCGCAAGCAGCAGGACGUGGCUUUCUUGUCCGGCGGAUGGUGUGGAAGAUGCGUAUGCCGCUCAGGCCGGCACUGCUUGAUUCACAGCCUGCAGGUUCGACCACUCGAGCUCGCCCAUACUUCCUGCAGAGGUCCAGGUGGCAUCCUGUGGAGAAUUCAGAAGAAGAUAGGAAGGAUGGAAUAAAAGGAACAUACAGAAUGGAUGUUGACAUUCCUGCUAAUGAUUGGAUAAAUGUCACCAAGUUCUAUGAUGUGCUAAUUUUCAACACCGGACACUGGUGGGAUACAUAUAAAUUCCCAAAAGAUACUCCUCUUGUUUUCUACAAAGGAGGAAAGCCGAUUGAACCUCCACUUGACAUACACAGUGGACUGAAAGUAGUCCUCAAAAGUAUUGCUUCUUACAUCGAAAGGGAGGUUCCUAGGAAAACACUGAAGCUGUGGCGCAUGCAGUCACCUAGGCACUUCUAUGGAGGUGAGUGGGAUCACAAUGGCAGCUGUGUAUCUGAUAGACUUCUUGAAGAGCAUGAGCUCAAUUCUUGGUUUGAUCCCCGGUUUGGGGGAGUGAACAAAGAAGCGAGAAUGGUGAAUUUAGCAAUUCAGGAAGCCCUAGCUGGCUCAGAAAUCCAGCUGCUCAACCUCACUUACAUGAGCGAGUUCCGUGCUGACGCCCAUCCAGCUAUCUGGCUCGGCAAGAAGGACGCGGUGGCUGUCUAUGGACAGGACUGCAUGCAUUGGGCGUCGUGGGACCGCGCCGAGGCAGAGCAGGAGGGUGACGGGGAAGAGGCGCGGAAGCUCCGCGCGGCAGCGUCGGAGCAUUUUCUCGCGGCGGCCAAGCUGAACCCCAACGAUGGCGUCCCCUUCCGCUUCCUCGGCCACCACUACGCCCGCGGCGGAAACAAUCAACGAGCGGCCAAGUGCUACCAGCGUGCGGUGACCCUCAACCCUGACGACGCUGCGGCUGGGGAGACGCUCUGUGACUUGCUAGAUGUUGAGGGGAAGGAGAGCUUGGAGCUUGCUGUGUGCAAGGAGGCAGCUGGCAAGUCACCGCGUGCGUUCUGGGCUUUUCGAAGACUUGGCUACUUACAGGUUCAUCAGAGGAAAUGGUCAGAGGCUAUACAAAGCCUUCAGCAUGCAAUACGAGGUUACCCAACAUGUGCAGAUUUAUGGGAGGCACUUGGUCUGGCAUACCACCGUUUGGGCAUGUUCACUGCAGCAGUAAAGUCAUAUGGACGAGCUAUUGAACUUGAUAGUUCCAGGGUCUUUGCAUUGAUAGAAAGUGGAAACAUCCAGUUAAUGCUUGGUUACUUUAGAAAGGGAGUGGAGCAGUUUCGUUCUGCUUUGGAAAUGGCUCCAUGUAAUCAUUCGGCUUACUUUGGCCUUGCUUCUGCAUUGCUUGCAUGGGCAAGGAAUUGUGUAACUACUGGGGCCUUUGGUUGGGCUGCUAGCCUCUUGAAGAUGCUUUCCAUGGGUGGAUGGGAAGACCAAAAGGGCAUGGAUGCACAGAUGUUUAAAGAUUCUGUUCAAGAGUGGAGAAAUACAUGUUUGUCAGCAGCAAAUGGUGCAAAACUCUCAUAUCAACGUGCUUUGCAUCUUACUCCCUGGGAAGCUAAUGUUCACACUGAUACGGCUAUUUGUCUUGAUCUAAUUUGUUCCAUGGAUGACAACAAUAUACUCAACCCCAAUGUUUGGGAGCUGCCAGAGAAAAUGUCACUGGGUGCCUUGAUGUUGGAACCAGUUAAUAAGGAUUUUUGGGUUACUUUGGGUUCAAUGUCAAGUUAUCUGGUUUUGAAGCAGCAUUGUUUUAUUAGGGCACUUCAUCUUGACAUGUCAUUGUCUGAAGCUUGGGCAUGCCUUGGAAAGAUUUACAGGCAGUCUGGUGAUAAGCAAUUGGCAAAACAAGCAUUUGAUCGAGCUCGAAGCAUUGAUCCUUCGUUGGCCUUGCCAUGGGCUGGAAUGUCGGCGGAAAAUUAUCACCAAUCUGGGAGCAAUCCUGUAAAUGAAUCUUUUGAAAGCUGCUUGAGGGCUGUGCAGAUCCUACCUCUGCCAGAGUUCCAGAUUGGUCUUGGAACAUUUGCUGCCCGUUCUAGUAAUAUUCUUUCACCUCAGGUAUUGAUGGCUGUAAGACAGGCUGUUCAAUUUGCUUUAGGCAUGAUGUACAAUUCCAAGUCAGACAAUGGACAAGCUUUUGCUGAUGUUUCAGUGAAUCUUGCCCGUGCACUGUGCAAGGCUGGUCUUGCAACUGAUGCAGCGCGGGAGUGUGAAGAGCUGAGAUCUCAAGGACUGUUGAGUGUUGAUGGAUUGCAGAUAUAUGCUCUGGCAUUGUGGAAAAUUGGACAAAGCAAGGAAGCUCUUUCUGUAUCUAGAAGCUUGGCUGAAAAUUUAAGUGGUAUAAAGGCGGAGAGUGCAACUGCAGCUUGGGGAUUCAUAUGCACCUUGACGUAUGGAAUUUCUGGGAAGAACUCUGCAGCUGCCAUCAUUCACAAGCUUCCUGGUGAACUCAAUUACAACUCACAGUUGAAAUUCAUUAUCUCUGCAUUGGAUGCUUUGCAUCCAACCAAGCGUCUCCAGCUGCCUCAGUUGAAUAUGCCUCCUAAGCGUACAGCUUAUGAAGUGAUGAGUGAAGUACACUCGAAUAUUGCUCUUGGGAAGGCUAUUGGUGCGGAAUUUGACAAGCCUUUGAGUGUUGAUGGUAGUUUGUCUUACCUGAAAAAAGUUCUGCUCAUGUAUCCCGACUGCAGUUUAGUGAGAAACCAACUUGGAUCCCUGCUGCUGUGGAGUGGAGAUUGGAUGGCUUCUCAUAAAGCAAUAAGGGUUACCUCUCUGUCGUCACAUGGACACACAUCCAGUAUGGGCCUAAGAUCACCACAUCAUGUUCAAGCCUGUGCAAUGGUUUCUUGCUAUGCUACCUGCCCCACUUACACAAAGUUCUCUUUCGCAACAUGUGAACACCAAUACCUAAGUGGACCUGAUGCAAUACACCACCUGCAAAGGUGGGUUCAUUGUGAACCAUGGAACCAAGACGCACGCUACCUGCUUGUGCUUGCCAUUUUCCAAAAAGCACGGGAAGAGAAGUACCCCAAACAUAUCUGUGUUAUUCUGAAGAAGCUCAUUAUGCAAGUGUUGUCCAAUAUUAGCAAUCCACACGAGAAAGAAGCUAUGCAGUAUGAGGUGUUUUUGCUACUUCUUUUGUCAUCAGAGGUCUGUUUGCAAUCUUUAGACUAUGAAAAUUGCAUUGCCCAAGCUAAAGAAGCCCUAAGAACCACCCCGUCAAGCUGUGUGGAUACUUUUUUUGCACACUUGCAACUGUGUCGGGCCUAUGCGGUGCAAGGGGAUCUUUCGAACUCCAGGAAUGAGUACAUGAAAUGCUUGAGAAACCAUACAAAUACUGAGAUUGGCUGGGUAAUGUUGAAGCAACUUGAAUCUGCAUGUUCAUUGGAGGGCUCUUCUGAUGAAAUAGAUAUAAAUCUGUGUGUAUGCGUUAAAAGGAAUGGUAGCGACUCAUCGAAAUGGGCAUCCCUUUUCAAUCUGGCGUGUGCUCAGUGCUUUCUGUGGGAUGGAAACUUUGAAAGCGCUGAAAAAGCUCUUGCUCAGGCAUGCAUUCAAGUAGAUCCAGAUAGCUGCAUCUUGUUCCUUAAUGGUGCAACCUGUAUGGAAAUUGCCCGGAGGUUUGUAGCUCCUCAAUUUAUAUCCCGCGCAGCUUCCAGCCUCAGAAAGGCCCAGCAGAAAUCACAUGCUUCAUUACCUCUCGUGUCACUGCUACUGGCUCAAGCUGAGGGCAGCCUUGGCUCCAAAACCAAGUGGGAGAAAAACCUUCGCCUGGAAUGGUUCUCAUGGCCCCCAGAACUGAGGCCUGCGGAGGUGUACUUCCAAAUGCAUCUGCUGGCGAGGCAGUCGGCUGCAGCUGUUUCUCAGCAGAACCAGCUGGUGGAGACGAUGCAGAGCCCCGAGUUGUGGUUGCUUCGGGCGAUUCACCUGAACCCGUCCUGCCCCAGGUACUGGAAGGCUCUGCUGCAGCAAAUGGAUGUGUAG